AUGGACCCCGCGUGCUUUUUCCCCACCCAGCCGUUCCCGGGUAGCGCGCUGGGCUCGGACUCGUACAAGCCGCCGCCUCCGACGCUGGCUUCCUCCAAAACCGGCCGGCCGGAGCCGCCUAAAGCGACCGAGCCGACCCGCGUCAUCACCGAUCCGGUGACGGGCCGGACUUACAGCAAAGGCCGUCUGCUCGGCAAGGGAGGAUUUGCAAGAUGCUAUGAAAUGACCGACCUCUCCAGCGGCCGGACCUAUGCAGUAAAAGUCAUUCCUCACAGCCGAGUGGCCAAGCCUCACCAGCGUGAAAAGAUCAUCAAUGAAAUUGAGCUGCACAAAGACCUGCAUCACAAGCACAUUGUGAAGUUCUCUCAUCAUUUUGAAGAUUCGGAUAACAUUUACAUCUUUCUCGAGCACUGCAGCAGAAAAUCCUUGGCUCAUAUCUGGAAAUCCCGACAUACUCUUCUGGAGCCAGAGGUGCGAUAUUACCUCAAACAAAUCAUUUCUGCCUUGAAGUACCUUCAUCUUAAGGGCAUUCUGCACAGGGACCUCAAAUUAGGUAACUUCUUCAUCAAUGAAAACAUGGAGCUGAAAGUUGGAGAUUUUGGUUUGGCUGCCCGACAAGAACCUGCAGACCAGAGGAAAAAGACUAUCUGUGGUACUCCCAAUUAUCUUGCUCCAGAAGUGCUGCUCCGACAAGGACAUGGGCCAGAGUCAGAUGUAUGGUCUCUAGGCUGUGUCAUGUACACUUUACUGUGUGGAAACCCCCCCUUUGAGACAUCGGAUCUCAAGGAGACCUACAAGUGCAUCAAGCAUGUGACCUAUACGCUUCCAGUAUUCCUUUCCCUUCCAGCCAAGAACCUGCUGAUGGGCAUCUUGAAACGCUACCCACAGGAACGUUUAACACUGGAGGAAAUCUUGGAUCAUGAGUUCUUCACCAAAGGGUACACACCUGAUAAGCUCCCACCCAGCAGCUGUGUGAUGGUGCCGGAGCUGAACCCUCCCAAUCCUGCCAAGAGCCUGUUUGUAAAGGUUACAAAGACUCUCUUUGGAAAAAGGAAAUCCAAAGUUAAGAAGUCUCCCUCAGAAGACAAAGAUGAGAUUUCCAAGUUGGUAACAGGCCUUGUGAAGACCUCUAUCUGUAGACAGAUGAGUCACAAAACUGUGGAAGGAAAUGAGAUCACCCCUCUGAGCAGCCAGAGUCCCAGCUCCAGCCCAGCAGAGACUGUAGCAGAGGAAGGCUCACGGAAGUCUAUCUCCAGGUCCAUUCGUGGGACAAUGGCUAGUACCUCUGAAAUAUUUGAAGAUUGUGUCACGGCAUCAACUGUCAUUGAAUCCGCCAUUGGGCUCUUGAAGAACUGUCUGUCCGUCAUGCCUCCAGCUGAGAGGAAUCCUGCUUCCUUGGCUUGCCAUGAACACUUUGUUUGGGUAAGCAAAUGGGUGGACUAUUCAAACAAGUAUGGAUUUGGCUAUCAGCUCUCCAACCGCAGCAUUGGUGUCCUCUUCAACGAUGGGACUCAUAUGACCCUCUCUGCCAACUGGAAGAAAGUACAUUAUAAUCUGACCAACAGCAAGCAUUUCUCCUUCCCGGCUUCUGCAGUCCCCGAACAACUGCAGGGACAGAUGAGUGUCCUACAAUACUUUGCCUCCUACAUGGAGCAACAUCUCAUGAAGGGAGGGGAUUUGCCCAGCAUAGACGAAGCUGGGCAGCUGCCACUGCUGCUCCUACAAUGGGUGAAAACCGAUCAGGCCUUGCUGAUGCUCUUCAGCAAUGGAACCUUCCAGGUGAACUUCUACAACGAUCAUACCAAGGUGAUCUUCAGCAAACCUGACCACUCUUGCCUUCUCACCUACAUAAACCGUGACAGAAAUUCCUACUCCUACAAGCUCAGCAGUAUUGCAGAACUUGGCUGUUCGCCGGAGCUUCAACAUCGGCUCAAGUACAUCCUUAAACUGCUAAUUGAGCGAGCAGAUGCCUAAAGCUGCAAGA